GGUGAAGCAUGUGAAGCAACCGAAGUAGAUAAGAUACGAACGCAGUACUUUAGCGGCAAUUGCCGUCGGGCCCGUACUCUCUCUGCAGCCUUUGUUCGCGUCUUUACCGCAGCUGCACACACACACCGAUUGAGAAUGAUGACGAGAAAAAGAGGGUGUCUCCUGGGAGGUGUUCUUCUGCUUGUUUGUGUAGGAGUUGUCAUUGGAGUAAUCGUUUACCUCACAAACAAUCGACCCGACCCGAGCCCACUUGAAGAUCUGGUCGUUACCAUAGAAGGUCAAGGACGUGUUCGGGGUGCAGUAAAUGUCGCGUAUAGCUCGAACGUUUCAUAUUAUGCCUUCUAUGGUGUACCGUACGCUCUGCCUCCGGUCGGGGUACUAAGGUUUAAGGCACCCAGGCUACCGAUCCCAUGGUCAGGUGUAAGAAAUGCAACAGAAGAGACUGUAGAACCUUGCAGCCAGAUGAUUAAUGGGCUUUUCGCGGGCAGUGAGGACUGCUUGUACCUCAACGUCUACACACCAGCGCUGCCAAGAGAGACUAUAAACGUGAAUCUACCUGUAUACUUCUUUAUUCACGGAGGACUAUUUCAAGGAGGUUCUCCCUCCACUGAAAUGUACGGACCUGAUUUUCUUGUUCAACAAGACAUUGUAAUCGUUACGAUUCAAUACCGAGUAAACUCAUUAGGUUUCGGCAGUCUUGAUACUGAAGAGAUCCCUGGUAAUUGUGCACUGAAAGAUAUUAUCGCCGCACUGAAAUGGGUCAACAGAAACAUAGCCAAGUUUGGGGGGGACCCCAAUAAAGUAACAGUUGGGGGACAGUCAGCUGGGGGAGCAUUAGCCAGCUGGAUGACUAUAUUACCCGAGACCAAAGGUUUGAUAAGCCAGGCAAUCGUUCAAAGUGGAACGGCUUAUCACAAUUGGGCUUAUAAGGAAGAUCACAUUGAAAUGGGCCUUCGUCUAGCAUCUCUUAUAUCAGCCCAGAACGUGACAGACAUCAAAACAGCAGAAAGGAUUUUGAUGGAAACAGCAAGUGAGAAGUUAACAACUGCAACUUAUCAGCUAAUUGCGGAGAAAAUGAAGAGUCAACCGGACCUGCCUUAUCAACCAACGCCAGAGAGACGCACGGCUGUGCCCAACGGUGAACCCUUACUUGUGACCCACGACGCUGAAAGUUAUUUUUUAGAACCUCCAGCGCCUCAUGUUCCACAGAUUAUUGGCAUUUGUAACGAGGAGUGGAGGUUUUACUAUUUUAAUAACAAUCCAAAGAGUGAUCCACAGGUGGAUGAACAGCUUCUGGAAAAUCUGCAGGCUCACGUUCCAAAAAAUCUUAUUCCCUUCUCAGACUCACGAAGAGUUCUAGGUCUUUCUGAGCGAAAAGACUUUGAUUACGACGAAGUUAUUGAAAAGGUGAAACAAGGCAUUCGAAACUCAGUUUCAUCUUCAUGCAGCCUAGGUUGCGUUCUAAAAAAGUACUUCGAUGGCAUUUGGAUGGCUACAGACACCCAUCGCAUCGGAGCAUAUCUGGCAGCGAGAAACGAGACUGUGUAUCUCUUUCGAUUUGGAGUCCGAUCUGUACUCAACCAACCAUUUUCUAUUGACCCUGUACCAGAAGAUGAAAAAAAUGCUGCACAACAUGGAGACGAUUUACCAUACGCCUGGCUCUUUCGGAUACACUCUGAGAGCAGUCUCAGUGAAGAGGCUGCUUUAGCUCGGCGAAGAGUAGUUGCAAUGUGGACCAACUUCAUUAAAUACGGAAAACCGACCCCAGUGAAAACCGAUCUCCUUCCUGUCGACUGGCUUCCGAACUCACAGACAAAUCUAGAAGUCACUUUCCUGGAUAUCUCAGGGAACCUGAAACUUCGCUCAGAAUCUUUGGCAGGGGAAAUGGUGUCAUUUUGGAACGGUUUAUACAACGAGUAUCGGUCAAAUGUUGCGGUUUCUACCCAUACCAAUUCCGUUUAAACGUACCAUUUAUCUUAAUUGAUCGUCACUUCAAAAGUUUUAUGAAUAAACAAGUUAUUCUA